CAAAAACUACGCGCACACAUAACUAAAACUUUUAACAUCCGAUUUAUUUCCUUUUUUUGAAAAAACAAUACAAAAACAACAUCCCAUAUCCCUUUUAAAGUUUCCGGCAUACAACAAUAGGCGUAUCAGCGAUGGAACCACAUGUGCGAAAACCCUGUCAAUGCCAGUCGCUUCGUGCACCAUGUGACUUAAAAGAUAACGCCAGUAAAGAGACAAAGCCAAGCAAAGAACCCGCUAGUGAACCAAAACCAGCUGAGCCAGCACCUGAACCUGCGCCAGCACCUGCCGCUGAGCCAGCACCUGAACCUGCGCCAGCACCUGAACCUGAGCCAGCACCUGCCGCUGAGCCAGCACCUGAACCUGAGCCAGCACCUGCCGCUGAGCCAGCACCUGAACCUGAGCCAGCACCUGCCCCUGAGCCAGCAACUGAACCUGAGCCAGCACCUGCCCCUGAGCCAGCAACUGAACCUGAGCCAGCACCUGCCGCUGAGCCAGAACCUGCCACUGAGCCAGAACCUGCCGCUGAACCUGCCACUGAGCCAGAGCCUGCCACUGAGCCAGAACCUGCCGCUGAACCUGCCACUGAGCCAGAACCUGCCGUUGAAACUGCCCCUGAGCCAGAACCUGCCGCUGAACCUGCCACUGAGCCAGAACCUGCCACUGAGCAAGAACCAGAGUAAAGAUAAACCAAAACCAAUGAUUCCGAAUUAGUUGAAAAUUCAACCGUAUGUCACUCCCUUUGCCAUUUGGCUUCAACAGGAAGCUACCCACCUCUCUGCAAUAUUAAAGUCGUUUGAAGUUUAACUGGACACGAUUCUGCCGCUGACUGGACUCAUUCAAGUAAUGGGGAGACGAAAGAUCGAGAACUUACAUCAAGUUUUAUAACCGACAGAAUACCAUCAAGAGAAACUGAAAGGGAUAGAGUAACAUCACAAAUGUAAUAAUAUUAAUAAAAAAUA